ACCAAUACCCAAAGGUCACCAAGGAACAUCCAGACAAAUCAUUUCGUCGCAAAACGUGUUUUGUCACGUUUCGUAAAGUCAUUGUGUUGUGAUGCAUGGGAAUUAUGCACCUAAUACAGAAUUUACGUAGAUCUGCUUUCUUUUGACUCAGAACUCGAGUUCUUCGCAAAGUAUUUACAGUUUGUUUACCGGAAGUCGAAUACAGACAUGUUAUGGGAAGUAUACUGCGUUAUCUGGUGUGUAGUCAGGAUGGUUGUCAGUACAGAUACCUCUAGUCAUUUAACAGGUCACAUGGGAAAGUUUGGCACUCAGCGACCACCUGAACUAGAUACCCCUGAGCUUUAUGAUGUUCCACAUCCAAGGGAAUUCUGGGAAGAGUACGUCAAGCCUAGGAGGCCUGUUCUGUUUCGAGGUGCUGCAAAGCAUUCAAGAGCAUUCCAUCAUUGGACGGAAGACUAUCUGGCAUCAGAAUAUGGUGAUCUGGUGGUUAGACUUGAAGGUCGACAUGAAGAUGGUCAGCGCCUCCCUGCAGGUGGUGAGGGAAUCCUUGGACGAGACACCAUGGGCCACUUCAUUAGGAAUUACCAAACAAUGGAUGCCUAUGUUAUCUCUCAAAUACCCCAGCCUAUGGAAAAAGAUGUUAGUUUCCUACCAUGCUUAAGAUGUGGUUCAUUUCUAGACAGUGUCCAGGAAGUGCACUUGUUUAUGUCUGCCGGCGGUGGCAAGACCAUGAUUCACAGGGAUCCCUACAGUACAAUUCACUGCGUAUUCAAUGGAACCAAAGACUGGUGGUUGCUUGGUCAAAAUCAGACACACCUCGUGUACGAGUCAGAGGAAUCCAGUAAAGAACUUGGAGGGUUUUCAAUAGUUGAUGUCAAUGCCGUGGACCUGGAGAAAUUUCCCUCUAUAAGUGAUGUGAAGUAUUCAAGGAUUACUAUGAACAAAGGAGACUGCAUCUUUGUUCCUGGAGGAAUCUGGCAUCAUGUGCGUUCCAAUGGCUACAUGAACACUGCUGUAUCCAUAUGGUUUUCACGCCUCUACGAGUUUAGCGACAUGGGCUGUGACAAGGCAGAUAUAAAAUUCACACCCAUGGACAAGGUGCCUGUUCUCUGGCGCUUCUCUGGUCAUGGAGUCAUACCACACGGCCACAUGGACUUGCACUUUAUCAGGAAAUUAUUCCUGACUUCUGCGGACAGCGAAGGGAAGAUUAUCCUUCAUCCAUUUGUUGAGCACUUUUUCUCUACGACAGCGAAGACCAAGAAGGAUAUAUUGGACAAGGAUUUGAAAGAGAGAGGAAGGAAGCUCAUGCAGUAUUUGGACCCUGAUAAUAAAGGAUAUAUCUUGAAGGAAGAGAUAGAGGCUUUUUCUAUUGAAAAGAUGAAAGAAGUGCUCCUGUUCUUUGACCCUAUUGAUGUCAGCAAUAUGGAGGAUUUUGAGUAUAGUCACAUCAAUGCGGAGGAUAUCAUGUAUUCCUUGGAGAUGUGUCUACACAGCGAUGGUCAUUUUGAUGAGACGACAUUUAUCAACAACUAUACAGAGGAACUUGGGGGUACCGUAGGAAAGGCACGCGAGAUUAUCUUCAAUAUAAACCCAGGGAACGUGUCGAGCCUUAGCCGAGAGGAGCUGGGAAAGAGGGCACCCGUUGCGCUGCACAAGUACCUAAAAUCACUGAAGCACGACCCCUCCUUUGAGCACAAGAUGCUCGACCACCUGAGACGACAUUGGCGGGACGAACUUUAGCCACGAUCAGUACUCGGAAUAACGAAUCCUUCUCCCUGGCGUUCAUACCGGGUUUUCUGUCUUUUAGAUAAUCCGUGAGAAAGCGUGGGAUCUGGGACGAGCUUUGCUUUGGUUUGAUGUUAUCUUUAACCCACACCAGGAAAAACCGACCCGAACGCGAGGGAUUAGGUUUGAAGUAAUUGUCACUUAUGUCGGGAAUUUUGCUUGUGUGGGAAUAUAGAAAGAUCAGGUUGAGGAAACCAGCGAGACUCUCUUGAGUUUUUCGGUCAAGUAAAUGUAUCACAGGGAUCCAAAUUAAGCAAAAUUCUUGAUAGUUAGUUUGUCUUCCCAAGCGUCAAUAGGCCUGUCAUUGGGAGGGAGAUAUCAAGGGGUAUAUCCCAUGAUAUAUGAACUUUAUGCCUUGCGGCCUUGGAAAUAUAAAAAUAUAAUAUAUAAAAUUCUUCAGCACAAAUCGCUAUUUUCAAAAUGAUAACCAGGCUUCUUGUUCCUUAUUAAUAAUUUUCCAUUAUCGCUUACUCCAAGAAAUCUCCCGGAAAAAACCCGGGCUCUUUCUCUUUAAGCUAAGUGCGUGCGUCAUCGAGAUAUUUAAUUAUUUAAAUAAACACAAUUAAUUUAUCAA